AUUUUUCUGGUGCUUCUUUCGUGUCUGGACGAAAACGAAUGUGUGUCCGUUGAAUUUUGUGACCGUCUACUUGCAAUAAAGUAAUUCACCCGUAUAUCACAGGUUGCGGUGAUAGAUAAGAGGGCGGCGUAUCGAAUAUAAGCGAAAACGUAUCGAAUCGGUCUAUCGGUUUGUGUUGUGUGUGCCCGGUGAAUGCCGACUGCAAGCGCGUGCCCGACUGUUCCCUCCUGAAUCGGAGCCGCCUUACCGAGAAAGUGUGCGUGUGUGUGAGUGUGCGUGCGUGCGUGCUGUGAAAGUGUGGAAGAAAGCAUAGUGUGAAGCGAAUAACACCGAGCAGAGCAGUGCCUUUUUCAGCCGAAAGAAGGGUGUAACAAUUGACCACACACACACGGUUUGUUUGGGUGCUUUUUCGAACGCAAACACAAGUCAACAUGUCGCAGCGAACGAAGCGUUCCGGUGCCUCGACGCCGGUCCCGGUGACGGCUAGCACCCCGGUACAGCAGAGCGGCAGCGCGGCGAUGGGUGCGUCAGCGUCGCAACAUCACAGCAGCGGCUCCCGUCCAGCCAGCCCGCUAAGUCCUACGCGUCACUCCCGCAUGCAGGAGAAGCAGUCGCUACAGUAUCUGAACGACCGUCUGGCGGCGUACAUGGACAGGAUGCGUAUGCUCGAGCAGGAAAACUCACGCCUCACGAUGGAGGUGCGCACCUCUCAGGACACGUCCACCCGCGAGGUGUCCAACAUCAAAUCGAUGUACGAGCAUGAGCUGUCCGAUGCCCGCAAGCUGCUCGAUGAAACGUCGCGCGAAAAGGCCCGCAUGGAGAUCGACGGCAAGCGGAUCCUCGAGGAAAAUGAGGACUUGAAAAAGCGCUUGGAUCGUAAGACGAAGGAAGGUGCCGAAGCCGAGCGUAACCUGCGCGCACAGGAAGCGCGAGCGAACGAGCUGGCCGGCAAGUAUCACACGCUCGUUGCCGACCACAAGAAGGCUAAGGAUGAUCAAAAGGAGCUGGAAAAGGAGCUGGCCAAGCUUAAGAAGCAGCUCGACGCGUUGCGCAAGAAUCUCGAGGACGAAACGCUCACCCGCGUCGAACUGGAGAAUGCCGUGCAAACGUUGCGCGAGGAGCUGACGUUCAAGGACCAGGUGCACAUGCAGGAAAUAUCGGAAACGAAGACCCGCCGCCAGGUGGAGAUUAGCGAAAUCGAUGGCGUACUGUCGGAGCAGUACGAGGCGAAGCUGCAGCAGGCGCUGCAGGAUCUGCGCAACCAGUACGAUAUGCAGCUACGCAUGAACCGUGAGGAGGUUUCCGAUCUGUAUGAGGCUCGUCUUCGCGAUCUGGAGCACCAGAUGAACCAGGAACGGUUGCGCCACGCCGACGAAAAGGCCAAGAUGAUGGAGGAGGUCGAGCGGCUGCGAAAGGAAAUGUCGAUGCAGCUGCAGGAGUACCAGGAGCUGAUGGACAUCAAAAUUUCGCUCGACAUGGAGAUUGCGGCCUACGACAAACUGCUCAGCUCGGAGGAGGAUCGGCUCAAGAUUACGCCGAGCGGCAAUGUUUCGCUGUUCUCGCAGUCCGGACUGUCCAGCAGCAUGUCCCGUGCCGGUAUGGUGCGCCGUACACCGAAUCGUGCCGCGGCCAAGCGCAAGCGUACGGUGUUGGAGGAAUCGGAUGAACGCAGCGUGUCGGACUAUUCCGUCACGUCGUCUGCCAAAGGUGACCUGGAGAUUGUGGAGGUCGAUCCGGAGGGAAAAUUCGUGAAGCUGAGAAAUAAGUCGGGCAAGGAAGUUCAAAUCGGCGGAUGGUCUCUGGUCCGUAAGGUCGGCACCAACGAAACCGUGUUCAAAUUUCACCGAUCGCUAAAGGUGGACGGGGGCGCCUUUGUGACCGUUUGGUCGUCCGAUUUGGGCAAGGAUCACGAACCACCAUCGACCAUCGUGAUGAAGGGCCAGAAGUGGUUCGCCGGAGACAACAUGACCACCCAUUUGAUGAACGCUGACGGAGAGGAGGUUGCUGCCUCUGAACGUGUGAAGCGAAUCGUGUCGACCGCUGCCUCCCGUCACCGUGAGUACCUUGGAAGUUACGGCGAGGAGCUUCAUCACCAGCAGGGCGAACCACGAGGCGACGAAAAGUGUCGCAUCAUGUAAUAAGUGCCGUGUAAUAUUGUGUGCCGAAGAUAUACAUAUAUAUGGCAAAACGUGUGGCGGUGACGUUUAUAUAUAAUUUUAUCAUUACAAACAUUACAUCUGGAACACGUUCCCCCUCCCUGCUCUCGCUGUUGACUAGGAGGAAACGUUAUCUGCUGUAAGCGAAUAAUUUAAAGGGAAGGGUUAUUGCUGCGCGCCGAGCAUUAGAUUUGACACAAACACACGUUCAUACGUGCACGUGCAUACACAGAGAACUGCGAAGCAAGAUAUUCGUUUUGUCCGUACGUCGUCCACCACAAAACAAACGCAGCAAAAUGUCCGUAGCACACAAGCGCCGCGGUAGCGUAGGAAAGUGAAUUCGUCGUGUUUGUUUAACUUUUUCUUAUAUAUUUAAUUUCUUAAUAUUCAAAACUUCCCACACACACACACACACAUUCUCACCUUAAACCCCUGUUGGGCCAUGUGCGAGUUAAUAGAUCUUUUACUAUAAUGCUUAGUAGAGAUCAACGACGGGAAGACCAUCACAAUGUCCAUCACUGGAAAGGGCAGGAAAACAUAAUCUUGUAAAAUAUUACCUAUUUGGAACUACUUACAAACAGCGCGUGUGCGUGUGUGUGCGAAUCCUUCAAAACUUUAUGCUCCUUUUUUUCUUUUUUUUAAUUUUCGGAAUUGAAUAUAACAAAAAGUAAUAAUAAAAUUAACAGAUUAUCGAUCCGGGGGAUUAACGUUAGCGACUAAUGACGGUUACAAAUAACACGAGCAAAAAAUACAAAACUGAACAAAAAAAAAACAUAGCACACUCACACAAGCGAACCCGCGUACAUAGUAAAUGAGAGGCCUUUUGUUUUGUGGAAAAAAGAACUAAAUAACAACCACUCACUAACUUA